AUGGGUUCAACAGGUGAAACUCGGAUGACUCCAACUGAGUUAUCAGAUGAAGAAGCCAACAACUUUGCCAUGCAACUAGCUAGUGCUUCGGAGGAAGAAAAUAAGGUUGGGGAUGAGAAUGAGAAUGUAGGAUCACCAGAUCUUAAAAAUGCUUUUACUACACAUACUUUAAAACACAAGGAUAGAAUCAUUUCAAAUAUUUUUCGGCAAGGAAAAGCAAUACUCGAUAUUAUUCGCACGGUUAAUAAAAAUCUAAAAAACGAGGGUAAAACUAAAGAGGGCAGGCUGCGAGAGAAGUAA